AUGCGUACAUUAGCCCAAGAUGAAGUUGAGCGGCACAUGCUUGCCUGUCCCACUGCAGAUAAUCUCAAGCAUUGGUCAAAGACGUACAGCGCAACACCGCAUCUGGCCGGCGACUUGAAGCACGCAGAGUCCAUUCGCGAUCUCUGGCGGUCGUAUGGCCUCCAAAGCGAUCUUGUCCGCUACGAUGUGCUUCAAAACUUUCCAAGUGCAGCGUCUCUCAAGCUUCUGUCGGAAGAUGGCACAGUCGACUUUGAGGCCGGGCUGACCGAGGACGAGCUCCCCGAGGACCCGACGUCGUCGCCGGACAAUAACCUCCCACUGUUUCACGGCUUCAGCGCCAAUGGAGAGGCCGUAGCCGAGCUGGUCUAUGCCAACUUUGGCACCAUUGACGACUUUAGACUCCUCGAGAGCAAGGGCGUGUCGGUGCGCGGCAAGAUUGUCAUUUGCAAGUACAGCAAGAUCUUCCGCGGGCUCAAGGUGCGCGCGGCGCAGCAGUACGGCGCGGCCGCCGUCAUUAUCUACACGGACCCGCAAGAGGACGGCGAGUUCACCGAGGCCAAUGGGUAUCGGGCGUACCCCGACGGGCCGGCCCGCCACCCGACCAGCGUCCAGCGAGGCAGCGUCGACUACUUUUCCGUGUCCGUCGGGGACCCUACCACGCCUGGAUACCCGAGCUUGCCGGGGUCCGGGACGGAGCGCAAGGAUCCCAAGGAUGCCAUUCCGCAUAUACCAUCUCUGCCCAUCUCGUAUGCCGAUGCGUUGCCGUUGCUAAAGGCACUCAAUGGGCGCGGGCUCACGCCAGAACAGGUCGGAGGGGAAGAAGGUGGCUGGCGCGGGGUUCUCUCUGGAGUUGAUUACUGCACUGGCCCUUCGAAUGUCAAGGUUUCGCUCUUGAAUCACGGCGAGUAUCGUUACUCGCCGAUUUACAAUGUCAUUGGCACAGUUGCUGGACGCACAAAGGAGAUUGUGUUGAUUGGGAAUCACCACGAUUCGUGGACUCCCGGGGCCAUUGACCCAGUUAGUGGAAGUACCGCCUUGAAUGAAGUUGUGCGUGGACUGGGAGGCUUGAUCAAGGCCGGAUGGAAGCCGUACAGAAAGCUUGUCAUUGCAUCCUGGGACAGUGAAGAGUACGGUCUCGUGGGCUCUACCGAAUUCGCCGAGGAGCAUGCAAAGGAACUCGGUGACAAUUGUGUUGCAUACCUGAAUGUUGAUUGUGCUACCAACGGCGGAGAAAUCCUCGGCGCAAAAGGGAGUCCUCUACUUGCAGAGCCGCUGUCAAAGAUCAUGCGUCUUGUGCCUUCACCUCUCCACGACCAUCAGACGGUAUACGAUGACUGGGCCAGCUAUGAGAGUCGCCAUGAUGAACAGGACCGAAAGAAAGUGGCCAGUCUGACCGAUACCAUGGGCACAGGCAGCGACUACACGGCCUUCUUUCACCACCUGGGCAUCCCGUCGCUGGAUCCGACCUUUGACCAGCGCCCCACCGCCGUCUACCCAUAUCACUCCAACUAUGACAGCUUCUUCUGGGUGGAAAAGUUUGGCGAUCCGGGCUUCAAGAAGCACCUGGCCAUUUCCCGGUUAUGGGGUACCUUGGCGGUGCGACUGGCGGGCACUCCGCUUCUCCAGUUCCGAGCUCACGACUACGCCAUUACACUCAAGAAGCACGUUGGGAUAUUGCAGGCAAAAGAAGUGACGGGACUCGAACUGGGACCCCUUGAAAAGGCUGUUGAAAAGUUUGCUAAUGCCACGGCGGCUCUGGACAAGCUCGUCCAAGGCAGUGAUCUUGUGUCAUUGCACGCGGGCGUAGUCAGUAGAAGUCAAACGGGCGUUGCAGAGAUCAACCGGCGCUUCCGGGCGAUUGAAAAAAGUUUCAUACUCAAGGACGGGGAAGGUCUGCCGGGGAGGACGUGGUACAAACAUAUUGUUUUUGCUCCUGGUCUCUGGCUUGGCUACACGGGCGUGGCCUUUCCGGGUAUACUUGAGAGCUUGGACGAUGGCGAUCUGGACGGAGCCAACAAAUGGGUUGAGCGCAUAGCCCAGAGCAUUGACGGUGCGUCCUUGGCUGCCUUGGGAUCUGAGGGAGUGUCACGCAAGAGAUGA